CCGACUGCGUCGGACUCCUGUAAGGUUUAUGUUGAUAAUGGAGGCAAAUGUCUCCACUACCAACCCAAUCAAUGCAGGGACCAUCACAGCAGUCGCAGCAGCAAAGAUAGUCUGUCUACCAUUUCUACUGGUCACAUUUCUCUUUGGAUUGGUCAUCAACACUUUCUAUCUCUGGAUCUUGUGUUUCAAGAUGAGAAGGAACCUCAACGUCAUCUGGUUUUCCCAUCUCCUUCUCUGCAAUCUAAUCUUCAUUUUUGUCCUACCUUUUUUGGCCGUUAUGUAUUUGUUCCACCCUCUCUGGGUCCUGGGUGAAUUCAUGUGUAAAUUAGUAAAUUUCCUUCUGUCCUUUAGUAUGUACGGAGCUGCUUUCUUCCUCACCGUCAUCAGCGUUGACCGAUAUUGGUUGGUUUUUCAUCCCCAUUUUUACAGGAAACACAUGCACGCUCAACAAUCCUCUAUCGUCUGCCUUUUACUUUGGGGUUUAGCUUUUUUUUUCAGCUCCCCAUAUCUCGCCUUUCGAAGGGUUCAUCAGGAAAAGAACAUUUCCAUUUGUUACAACGAUUACACCCUCACUGGUAAACCGGACAUAGAACUUGAAGCCAAGGUCAAGUGGUCCAUGUUGUACUUUCGUCUACUGGGAGGUUUCUUCAUCCCGUUAGUUAUCAUCUCUAUCUGCUACCUUAAAAUUGCCUUUAAGAUAAAAAAAGAAAAUUUUACGAAAUCCAAGAAACCAUACAAGAUAAUAGCCAUUGCUAUAAUAUCCUUCUUUAUCUCUUGGGCACCUUAUCAUGUGUGGUACGGAAUGAGCAUAGAGAAGGGGUUCUUCCAAGAGUCAACCCUACAAGCCCUCAAGGUCUUUGCCACAAUAUUGGCUUGCUUUAAUGCGUGCUUCACCCCAAUCCUAUAUCUACUCAUUGUGGAAAAAUUUAAAGCUAUCUUCAAGAAGUCUGUAAUGUCAGUCUUCCAGACAGCCCUAAUUGAAGCUUUUCCUAAGAGCACCGACAACAGAUUGGAUCUAAACUCUAUAUCAGUUAGAAAGUGUGAAGAAAAUACUGUCUAAAGAAAUUCUUGGUUUGGAGAAUCCACCAGACGCAGAGAAGCUCAUGGGGCUUCCCUGUUGGCUUUAUGGAACCGUAGACCCAUUCUUUUACUAACAUAAUGUCCUAUAAAUGACAUUUGGUCAAAAGAUGACAAAGACUAAGGCUGGGGCCAUGAAACCCAUGAUGCAACCAAGGAUCGCUGGUCGCAUCAUGGGUGGUGGAUGCAAGCAGUAAAAAUGUCAUAAUUUAUCUCUAUGUCUGUGCAAGAGAUUUAGAUGGAGAAAAUGGAGCUCAGGGAGCUAUAAAGAUGGAUUAAGAAAUGUAUCAGAACAGAAUUGUGGUCCUAAUAAAAAAAAAAGGUUUAAAGUAGCAUUAAUUUUAUAGAGCAUCUGUUAGUAUGAUCAACCCUAUUAUUAGUUGGAGCACCAGGGAGCUGGUCAUAGCGCUAGGAGCACCUCAAGUGCAAUUCUGCCAUGCUGUCUGUAUUCCCCCUUCCCUAGGAGUGUUAGGGCUAGACAUCUCAUCUUGCCCUGUGUUCUCCAAACCUCAGUGACUCGGCGCCUGUGUAGUGGAUCUGAUGAGCUAGGAAAUCAGCUCUCAUCAGAUCCACUGUGAUGGCGCUUAGUCACUGAGCCCACUCUGCACUUGCGCAAUGGAUCUUCUGCUGCGUCCCAAGCUCAGGAAGCAGCAUCUGAUUCCCCAUGCCAGUGCCAAGAAGAAAGGGUUAGACAAUAGGUGCUCCAACUAGGUAAUUUACAUACAUAUAAAAAUU